UAGGAAGCAGCUGCGGCUCCUGGAGAAAUCGCCAGACUGAUGUGAUGGAUACCGGCGUCUAAUCUUUAUCGCCGGGGCCGAUGGGAUGAAUCGAAGUACAACAUCUUGAACGAUAGAUGUUAGUGAUGAAGGCAGGUUGUCGGGCAUUAAAUAUUAACCCACGUCAUUCUGUCCUAUUGUUCCGUUGUGUCGGUUAACGAGUCCGCUUCAUAUCGCCGGCUAGCAGCUGGACUCAGAUAGAUCAUUGUCAUGUUUCUGACUCAUGCGGAGCUAUGGAGAACAUACUGGGAGUGUGUUUCCAGGCCGUACACGGUGAUCAUCUGCUCCCUCACAGCCGCACUGUACUAUCUGUGGGGCCGCGAGUGUCAGACACCAGCCCUGGUUUGCAGUGAGGCUUUCAGCACUUUCCUCUACAAGCACUGUCCCGUGGUAGCCGAGCGCUUCAGUCCCACUCCGUGGUGCUGGGGAGGCCGGCUUCAAACGCUGGUCUGUGCUAUCCUCAAGUCCAGACCCCCUGUCAGUUAUCGCAAUGAGCUGAUUCGUACGGUGGAUGGGGGUCAGAUCUCUCUUGACUGGGUGGACAAUCAGGCCAGUGUAACCUACCCAGAUUCCUCCACGCGCCCCACAGUACUCAUCCUCCCAGGGAUUACAGGAAACAGCCAGCAGUCCUAUGUGCUUCACGCUGUUAGCCAGGCGGCACGCCACGGUUACAGAUGUGUGGUCUUCAACAAUAGAGGCCUUGGAGGGGAGGAGUUGCUGACGCCAGUCACCUACUGUGCUGCCAACACUUCAGACCUCGCGUGUGUGCAACAUGUCAAAGGGCUCUACCCCAGUGCUCCUGUGCUUGGUGCUGGUGUGUCUUUGGGAGGGGUGAGUUGCAUGGUAUUGUUAAACUACCUGGCCCGUAAGCGCACAGCGUCAGGGAUGGUUGCAGGUAUCACCAUCUCCGUACCCUGGGAUGCGCAUAAGUCCUGUUACUCGAUGGAGGAACCUCUCAACUGGUUGCUCUUCAACAAGCACAUCACAAGAUGCUUGCAUCGUGCUGUCACCAGGCACAGGAAGAUUUUGGAGAAAGUGGUAGAUGUUGACUAUGUCUUAAAGGCUCGGUCCAUCCGCGAGUUUGACGAACGCUUCACGUCUCUGGUGUUUGGUUAUAAGUCAUGUACGGAUUAUUACCACGAUGCCAGCCCAGACAAAAAGCUCCCCAGUACAGCCGUACCCAUCUUGUGUCUCAAUGCUGCCGAUGACCCCUUCUCUCCCCAAAAUGCCUUCCCAGUGAACAUAGUCCAGGAGCUUCCUAAUGUUGCCCUUGUAUUGACAGCCCACGGGGGACACAUUGCCUUCUUGCAGGGUUUGUUUCCUCGUGGGGAGAGCUACAUGGAGCGCCUGUUUGGCCAGUUCGUGCAUGCAGUCUUUGAACAUCCGAAGGAAAUCGAGCGGGCCUGUGGUAUCGAAGACGAGCAGAUGAAGAACUAACAAAGAAUAUGAAGGCAACGACACUGAAGUGAUCCAACAUUUACAACUGCAGCUCUGCACAUCUACCUCAUGACCUCAGGUUCAUGUUCUACAGGCAAGUUUUAUUGAAUAAAAAAAAAAAAUGGCAGUGAAGUGAAAUCUCUGAAGCUAUUUUUAAGUAUUUAAUACUUAGUGGAUCUGAAAAGAUUGUCCAUUGAAUGCUACAAGCUUUCAGUCACAAAAUCAGAGUAAGGCCGUCCCAGCAGCACCGCACACCUGUAGUGUAUAGACUGCAACAUAAUGCAAGCUCAUGUGCUCUGUAAAUGCUGUAUCUGUUGCUAUUUAAAGAAGUGAAGUGAUUCUGAAAAUAAGAAACAGCAGUAUUGUUGUUUUCCUUGAGAAAAUGAUAUAUAUAUUUUUUUUCUUUUUGCAUCAAAUGCUUCUUCAGGUUUGCAAGAAUUGUUUUCCUUGAAGUUUGUGGCAUGCCUUAAAGGAUUCGACUUUCCUGUGUCUUACACCAUGCAUGCUGUACAGUGUGUAAAGGACACCAGUGGUAAAUGAGCUGAUUCUGUGUAGAGACCAGCAGCACUCUUUGUGGUGUUUCAGUAUCUGCCACUAUAAACUGUAAUUAAAGGUUGUAAGCAUCUCACGAGGACAAGAUGCGUAAUGUAUGCGUACUGAAUGUAUUUUUAUUAUCAGUAAACAGUACAUCGCUUUCGUGUUUGUAUUACCAACAGUGCACUGAUUAAAAUGCACCCCACUUUAUUGUACUAGGUAGUAUUAAUGUAUGAUUCAUAUCGUUUUUAACAGAAGCCACUGCUGACCAUUAACAUGAAGUGUUUUCAAUCAUCAUGAAGAGAAUAGCUGCUAAUGGUGCUAAUUGGUGACUUUUGAUUGUCAGCGUGAGGGGGUUAUUUUUUUUAAAAUUUUCAGCUAUUUGCAUGUUUACCACAUUCACCUACCUUUAAUAUCUCUCUCACACUUUGUUUUUAAUUGCACUUGUGUAUGGACUGUAAAGACAAUCAACAAUAUUUUUUGCAAUAUCAUGUAAGGUUGCAAUAUUUGGGCAUUGUACUUUUGAUUGUU